AGUUUCCGGCACUCAGUACGCGCUCAACUCCCGUCCAGGAUGGGUAAACCAAGACGCAUUCAUGGCCAGGCCAACAGGCUAGCAGGGAGUCAACUACUGUUGUUGGGGGGACUGCUUGUGCUCCAGUUUGCCUGUCCCGUUCAGUGCAUUGAGUGGACCGUGCCCGAUGUCCUUGAAUCGAUUGGCUCCGUGGGCACGAGCAUCAUCGAUCCCAGCCUCCUGCCCACUCCCCAGGGUCUGCUCGAUGGCAGCAAGCAGCUGAUUGCCGGCUAUCCCUUUGAGUUUGUCUCCAACUCCCUCAACUUCAUAUGUUCCCAGGCUCUGUCCUCGCAUAAGAUCAAGUCCAAGUUUACGCCGGACAUCAAUAUGAUGAACUUCCAGCUGCAGACGACCUGCACCAAGACCAAUUUCCCGCUCACCGAUGCGGAAUCCAUGUGGAAGAGUCCGCAGUUUGAUCCCAAGAAGAAGGUCGUCAUCUUGGCCACCGGCUGGACCACCACAGUGAAUGGCUCCGACACCAUUGAUGUCAUGUCGAAGGCCUAUAAUUGUCGCGGUGAUGUCAACUUUGUGGCUGUGGAUGCGGCACGCUUCGUGGACACUCUUUACACAUGGUCCGCUUUUAAUACGGAGGAGAUUGGCGAGAACAUUGCCCAUGGUCUGGUCCAUCUACUGGAACUGGUGCCAGUGGAAAACAUUCACCUUAUUGGCCACAGUCUGGGUGCUCACAUUGUCGGAUCUGCGGGUCGCCAUCUGAAUCGUUUGACAGGCAAAAUGAUUCCGCGCAUUACCGGCCUGGAUCCGGCCAAGCCAUGCUUCAACGAGGGCGAAAUUCUGUCCGGACUGCUGCGAGGCGAUGCAUCAUUCAUCGACGUGAUACACAGCAAUCCGGGUGUGCUGGGCAAGAAGGAUCCACUGGGUGACGUGGACUUCUAUCCGGGCGGCAUAAAUCCGUUGCCCGAGGGCUGCUUCUCGGUGGUCUGUGCCCACGCCCGCUCCUGGCAGUACUACGCGGAGUCUGUCUUUCCCGGCAACGAGCACAACUUCAUGGCCACGCGCUGCAACUCACUGAAGCGGCUGCGCGAUCUCCGCUGUCCGGGCAACGAGCAGCCCAUGGGAUACGCCGUGCCGCACAGCAUUCGAGGCAACUACUUCCUGGAGGUUAGCGGCACUUCCCCCUACGGCAAGCAUUCGAAUGCUGUGCGUACGGCCAGCCAUGAGCACUGCGCCGUAUGCCCCGAUGCGACGGACUCGAGCACAGAUGCAACUUCGACGCCGACGCCGACGCCGACUCCCAGCGCGUCCUAAAACUAAUCUAAUAAUCUAAUCUCAUAAUCAGAAAUAAUCUCUACAUACUAAAUCUAUGUACACAUACUUAGCUAGAUUAAGGCAUUGUUAUUUCUCUUUUUUUUUUGUUGUUUUUCUCAGUCUCCGUGUUGGCCUGGCCUGGCCUGGCCUGGCCCGAUUGCGGUCGAUAAGAAAAAUACAAUUUGCCUUCUAAGCGUUGACAAUUCAA